CAAUCUUUUUCUCAGCAUGUAAAUUUCCAUUACUAAAGUAUUAUACACUUAUGAUUAGAAGUCAUUGAUCUCCCACAUUUCCUGACGUCUUCCUGUUCCUUUAAGCCACUUAGGUUUGGUUCAACCACUUUAUGUUAAGAAAUCUUACUCCAUAACUUAACUAUCCACUAUAUUUUAAAAAUUUGUUUACUAGAUAUAACUUGAUUUUAAUAUUAAGAAAGAGAAGGGGGUAAUAAUCGAGGUAAUAAUCUUCUCCCUGUUCUUCCUACACCAGACAAAAAUUUAUUUACCUCUAUCAUGUCCCUUCUUACCCUUUUUGUAGCCUGAAAACUUCCCCCUGCUCAUAGGGGAGUUACUUUUGUACUUUUUGCAAAGGGAAGAUGUUCUAAUACCCUAAUUUGGUUAAGCUUUUUGGCACCAUAUUAAGUCCAACAGUACUUUUGUUGAAGCUUAACUAUCUCUGUCUAUUGUGAAACAGCAGAUGAGAAACAAACCAAGACCUACGUCCUCUUGAGUGCAACUAUAUUAGGACUGGGAGACUGCUGAUAUUUCAGAAUCAGAAGUGACAGCAGCCCGUGAAGAGAACUCUGCAAAACUAUUUAUCAGCCUCUACCGAAACAGAUUGAAAUCAUGCUCCAGCUCAAACCUUUAUCCGUUGCUCUUACCCUUUUUCUUGGAAAUAUGAUGACUGAAACUGAUGCCAAAGCCAUCUCAAAGAGGCAUGUUCGUCAUGAUUGGAUGAUUAUUCCUGAUGCAUUUGCGUUAAAGAUAUUUGAGUUAGUAAAUGAAGUGUCACCUAAAACUGCUGAGUAUUUGUAUAAUGUUGUCCAGACACCAAUUAUUCUUGAAACGAGGAACUUCCUGAUAAAAGAAACCGCUAAAAUCAAUAUACUGGUCGAACAACUGGCAGCAAAGUUAUCUGGAUUAUGGAAAGAAGGAUUGAAAGAAUCAUCAGAACAAUAACCCCUUCAUGAAUCUGUGAAUUAUUUCCUUCUUUUUUUGCAUGUACAAGAGAUUUUAAAAAAUCAGUACUGUAAAGCUAGGUUUUGGUGAAUAUCCUAUGCUCAGCAAGAAUAAAUUAUAAAGCUUUUUUUUUCAUUACAAAUAUUGGGAAUAAUCACAAUAGAACACUUAACUCAUUUCAUUAACUCUUGACUCCUGUGUUUGUGUGUGUAUGUAUGUGCACAUCCUUUCCAGUUAUGGCAAACAUUUCAUGCAUUUGAAUGAUUGUGGUUCAUGAAAGCUUAUCCAUGGCCAUGCUAAAUAAAUCUGUCAGCUUUAAGAUA